AUGGAAACGAAACAAGAAGUGUUAAACUUGUUCUGGAGUUCAUUAGAUUUCAGAGACUAUAAUUCGGAUAUCGAAAAGGAUAGAAGGUUUUUAACACGUGCAAAAGACAUCUUAGAAUAUAUGGUGGACAACAUACACCGCAAUCGAAUGUGGAAUAACGUGGGUGCUGUUGCCAAUGGGCUUGCGGCACUCAUCAGCCCUAUCGCUCUGAUCAACUUGGCUGUUGGGGGAGUGAACUUACUGGCCUCAAGUUCUCUCAAAGAACUGGAACAAAAAUUAACUGCGUUAAAGAAUAAAGCUGACGAACUCCUGAAUAAUUUGUAA